CAAAUUAUUUAUUGUUUAAAUAGUAUAGGUAUGUACUUAUAGAUAUAUUUUAAAGUACACAAUUUAAAUAUUUACACCUAUAUAUAUAUAAUUCAACAUCAUUAUAUUGCAUAUUAGUAAAACUCAAAAUGAUUUCCUUAAUAAAUAUUGUAUGUAUUUUUAGCGUGUUUAGUUUGGCUUUAGGUAGACACACUCUUAAAAUAGUCGAGGGUGAAGAUGCUGACAUAAAAGAUUACCCUUAUAUGGCAGCAUAUACAGGAAAUAAAGGCGGAAGGUUAAUAUGCGGAACUGCUAUUAUUAACGAAAACACUUUACUGACAGCAGCACACUGUAUGUUUUUUGAGAAACCAUCUGAAGCAACGAUUACUUAUGGCGCUACGAUAUUUUAUGAGGGCACACAAACAAAUAUCUCUCAAACAUUUAUACACGAAAAUUUUACUGGAAAGUCUCCAUUCACAAAUGACAUUGCAGUAUUAAAGAUUGACCCUCCUCUAGUUUUUAGUGAAACCGUCCAACCAAUUAAGUUGCCGCAAAGUAAUACGCCAAAUCCAGAAGGAAAAAUUGCAAAAUUCGCAGGAUGGGGUAUAAGUAGUUUUGAAAUAUUCCACAUUACAACAAAACUUCAAAAAGUAAAUCUGACAAUAACCGAUAAUGAAACAUGCGAAGGAAUUUUUAAGGGUACUGAUCAUCCGGUCGACUCUGAAAAGCAAAUAUGUGCACAGGCUGAUACGUCUGAUGGUAAAAUGAGAGGAGUAUGUAAUGGAGAUUCAGGUGGUCCACUAGUUAUUGAUGGAGUUACCUAUGGAAUUACUUCAACUGGCCCUGGUGGAUGUGGAAAUUCGACAUACCCAACAAUCUACACGAGGGUUGCCAAUUAUAUAGACUGGAUUUCAGAUAAACUAUAAAUAUGUAAUUUUAAACAUUUUUAACUUAAUUAAAAUAUUUUAUUCAUCUUUA